AUGUUCAAGGAUUAUCUUUCUUUGGUUGCAUUCUUCACAGGAUUGAGAAGAAGUGUCAGAGUAGGCAUUACAGAAAUCCUUGAAACUACUUCUACAUCUUCGCAUGUUGUUACAAAAGCAAUUUGGAGAAUCAUAAAUUCGGGAAAAUUCGAGUUUUAUGAUCACAAGAAAAGGACAAUUGACGGGAUCUUCCAUGAUUCUCAGGUAGGCAGGCGUAUAAGCAAGCACAACGAAUGA